AUGGCUGUCUGCAAGACCCCCGUUGCCUCCUGGGAGGCUGUGGCCACGCGAGUUCCCCGGCCGGGCUUCUUCCUGGGCGACGACCGCGCUGCCUGUCCGCUGAACAACGACGACGUCCUGCUCGAUGGUGAGGCCCUGCCGUCGUCCUGGGAUCUCGGCCGGCUCGCCGUCUUGCCGCUGGAGCUGCUGCACCAGAUCGCCGCCGACGUGGCCGAGGUCGACCCCUGCGCCCUGGUUGCCCUGCGCAAUGCCAACCGGGCUACGGCCACCAUUGUCGACGGUCUGCGCGACUUUGCCGUCGUGGCCGCCUUCCCGCGCGCCCUGGCUGCCGUCGUGCUGCUAGCGCCCGGUCCAUCCGGCGCCCCCGUCUCGCUGUCGGCCCUGGCCGCCUGCCUCUUGGCCCGGGAGUGUGCCUGCUGUCGAAGGGCGCGGCCAAAUGGACGGGAGGGCGAUUCCCACUCCUUCUCGUUGGGCGACUGCAUCUAUCUGCUCGCGCCCGAACGCGUGUGCUACGCCUGCUUCCGUGGCUGUCCCGCGUACCUGCCAGCAAUUCGGUCGGUCUCGGCCUCGGCCACGUCGUCUCCGCGCCCGGACGACGACGUCUUCACUGCUCUCGCUGCUCAGACCGGCAGCCGGCCCACCAGCAUCUGCGUGCCGCCGGGUCGAUACGGCGUGCUGUCCAGCGCAGAGCAGUCGACCGAGCUCUAUGACCCGAGUCGGGCUCGCAGCAGCGCCGACACAGAGUCGACGACGCAUGCUCCCACCCUUGCGGCACAGCCGGCGCCCAUCCGAUAUGCGGCCGUGAUCCCGGGACCGUACUGGGAAGACCCCGGGGCCGUGGGCAGCAGACAGCCGUCGGGACCGCCACCGUCGCCACCACCGCUCAAUUGCGGAUAUGGCUGCCUUGCCUGCGUGCACACCGACCGCAAAACCGGUUACCGUGGCUGGGCCGACCCGCUGACCCGAUACACGAAAGAGGGCCUGCAGCGGCACCUGGAGGAUCUGCGGUUCGGCGGACGUGUGCUGGCGUGGCGCGAUGCCAACACCGGCAUCGUCUCCUAUGAACACGACGCACCGCGACAGAACCGGUUUCCGCCACCGGCCGAGUUUGGGGCCAUGGCCGAUAUGGCGCGCAAGUAUUGCUGCGAAAAGACUGUCUCCGGGACCGUAGCGAGAUGGAAACGCAAGACUGAACGCUGA